AUGUAUUUUAAUACAGCAUCAAGUGGUGAUAUACUUGUUUCAAAUAAAAAACAAGAUCUUGAUAUAUUUUUAAAUAAUCUUAAACAACAAUAUACAUUUUUACCUGACCCUGGUUUAGAAGCUCCAACACCCGUUUUCUUUUGUACAAUUGAAACAUAUUCUGAAAGUGGACAAAAACAACUUGAUUUUGCACUUAAAAAUAUAAACCGUGAAGAUCCAUCAUUACGUGUACGUAUUGAUGAACAAACAGGUCAAACCAUACUAUUAGGUAUGGGAGAAUUACAUAUUGAUAUAAUACGUGAUCGAUUAAAACGUGAAUAUGGACUUGAAACAUAUCUUGGUCCAUUAAAUGUUAAUUAUCGUGAAACACCAAAAAAAACUAUUCAACAAACAAUUGUUUGGAAUUCAACAAUCAAUGAAAGACAUGCUACAAUUUCGAUAACACUUUCUAUUGAACCAAUAAUUUCAGAUGAUAAGAGAAUUAUUUCAUUUUCACAAAUUCAAAUCAUACGAACGGAAGAACAAAAUUUCGAACAUUUAAGACAAGAACAUAUUGAAGCGAUUAAUCAUGGUGUUCGCCUUGCUCUAUCAACAGGACUUAUCAAAGGUGCUGAAGUAGUCAAUAUUCAAGUAAAAUUACAUGAUGUUCAAUUAACAGGAUCUAUAUCACCAGCACUUUACUCAGCAGCAGCUUCCGAUUGUGUUCGAGCAUGUCUUCGUCAUGCUGAUUGUGUUCUUCUUCAACCAAUGAUGCGUGUUGAAGUAAUUUGUGUCGCUGAUCGUACACAAAUUGUAUUAGAUGAUUUAGCUCGAAGACAUAGUCAAAUUAUUGAUGUACAACAAGGUAUUAGUGGUGGAUUACAAGAGUCAAUGAGUACUCUAAUAACAAGAACACCAUUAGCUGAAUUAAUUGGUUAUAGUUCAACAUUAAGAACAUUAACAAGUGGACAAGCAGAUUUUACACUUGCUAUUGAUGGUUAUGAACCAGUACGAAGUCAUUAA